AUGGCUGGCCAGGGGAUAGGCGCCGCGGCCACAUGGCUAAUGACGCGGGCAGCUCAAUCCUCAUCGACGAUCUUUAACGAGUCAACGAUCCCUGACUAUUCGGUUUAUGAGGCGGCAUCAUCAAAUACAACGUCGACACAGAUGCUCAUCAACGAACUCAAGUUUGCUGUUGCCAAGUCUGUCCGCACAUCUACUAUCAUCUUGGCAACCUUCAACGCCAUCGCGGCGUUUGCGACGGCUUGUGGUAUUCUCUACGAUGCAUACGCAACACGGAGGAGGAACUGGCAGCACUACAGGACGAGGUACGACAAAGUCCUAGAGGAUGAAGGACGACAGGACCGAAAUGCUAAUACUAGGCGCAGUACUCGUCCGUGUCUUCUACAAGCUGCAGAUACCUACCCGCUGAUCUUGUCUCUUGGCAUCACAAUCCAGGCGAUUGCCUUUGCCGUUGCCCAAGCGCAAGGCCUCACGGGCAUACUAAAGCUGGGCUGUGCUAUCAUUUCUCAAUUUGUGUUUCCAGCGUUAUUUCUUGUUCCUUAUAUACAGCUUGUGUUUUCGCUCGAGAUUUCGAUUCGGGGACUGCGAAAGAAGCCGUUCCCUUCGCGAGGCAAAUUCACGGUCACCAUCUGCCUCGUCAUCGUGUGCAUGCUGGUGCUCAUGAACUUUCUUGUUGCAGACUUGGACCGGGCGCCUGAUUUCUGCUUUGCCUCUCUCUUCUGGUUUAUCGCCGUCUACUCGAAGGGAAUCUUUGCGGCGUUGCUGGCUAUCGACGUCAUUCUGGUCAUUUGUUUGAUCAUUCUCUCUGUGCGGCUCACCCAAAGCGCCGAGAUCGAGACUUCGGAGCGGGUUGCAGCCUCGCGUAUGGUCUACUACCUGGCGCUGGCCAUUCUGUCGAAUACUCUCCUCCUUCCCUUCUUCUUCUCGCUGGGUUUUGUCAAGCACAGCACAUCAGGGAACCAGGCGAUAAACUGGUCCAUGGUUGCAUCGGUGGUGGCCAACCUGUCCGGCUUGACGACUGGUGGCCUUUACCUGUUCAUGCGAUCGGCCAUCAUCUCGACCAUCGGGCCUCGCGACAAGGCCAGCGAGUACGACCGGCAGUGGAUGAAAGACCAGAUCCGGCGAUACAAUGCGAGCGACCCCGACUUUGCAGGCCACAUGAUGGGGCCGGUCAACAGCGCUGUUGAUCUACGCCAUAUUCUGGACGAUGCCAGUCCGAUUGGCGGCAGCCGCGACGACAACGACGAAGAGCGCGGCAUGCGAACAAGCCGAAAAUGGCUGGCAUAUAGCGACUCAGCUUCACGGCCGGAUCCUCUGCGGUCGAACGCGUUCAUCCCGUCGCGUCUCACGACGACUCCGGCAACGGCAACAUUGGCAGCAGUGGCAGCAGCGGCUGCGGGAGCGACCGUCCGUGUCCCAGAGCCGGCGAAGAUGCCGGCUGCAGAGGCGGAGACACGCCCAUCUCACUCGUCAUUGACGCUGUGGUUAACGGCAGCACUGCCGACGGCGUCGAACAUGAGAGCAUCCGUCGUGUCCGACACAAAAUCGCUCUUGCUGCUGCCGGCGACAACGUACUCGCCAGGGGUGGCCAAGUCGACGAAAGCCGACAACAACAGCCGGUCUGGAUCGAGCGCAUUGAAGCCGCCGCCUUCGAUGAACAGCCUCCUUUCCGGGCGGCACCGCCGUGAUUCAUCCAUGGUAUCGAUGACGACAGUGCAGAUCGGCCUGCGGCUGUCCAACAUGGCAGAUGUUUGUCUGGCGCCGACGGACUCGCAGAUACUCGACAAGAAGGUGUACACGCUCGACGAUGCCAGCAUUGACUGCCAGCCCCCGGCAAGGCCAACUGGGGCAGACGAGAAGCAGUCGGGGAUGAUACCGAUUGCGACGGAUCUGCCGACGCAGCGAACCCUGCCCGUUCGGCAGCGGAGUCCUCUGGCAAGAACGGAGCCUGUCAAGGAUGCGCAGAUAAAGGCACUGCCACCGGUGCCGCUGCUCGUUCUGACAGGAGGGCAGCAAGAGCUGUGCAUGGACGAGUGCAGCGAGGACGAAGCGGAUGCCAGUGAAGUGGUUCUCAGCGCGGCAACGUAUAGGCCUGAGAGCCCGACCAAGGCGAAGCUGGCCAGUCCUCGAGGGGUUGGCAUGACUGCGCUGCCGUCGCGGAACAACAGCACCAAAGCACGAACAGAAGCCAUGAUGAGCUUGACGGGCCAGUCUUCGAAAGACAAGACUGCUGGCGACUGGAUCUGA